CCCAGCUGGCAACAGAAGGCAACAGCUGGUUAAGGUAGGACGUUCUUUUAUCUUCUCACAAAGGUGUUCCCUUUAAAGUCACGUGACUAUUCUACGGCAGAGAGUCUUUCUCAUGUUGCUGACAAAUCAUCCAGACGUCAGGGGCAGAAAUGAGGGUGAGCUUCUGGAUUCACAUCCAGAUCAACAUCUUCAUUCAAUUCAUCCCUCGAAUCCCAUUGCCGGAGGAAUACCGCAAUUAUUAUUUCAUGUUUUGGCAACCUCAGAAUAUGAGCUUUCUUCCUUCUAUCCAUACAUGCUACUCUUUGGCAUUUAUUACUGCGUAAUCAUAGGCUCAACAUAUCAGUCUUCUCUUUCACGGCCUUCCUACUUUCUGCAGCAUCGCAUUGCUUUUACCUCAGUUACUUUACCUGCUUGUCCCUUGGUUUUCUGGGAUAUCCAGAUAAGUCUGUCCUGGUAUUCUUUCGAAAGACAUCAGGCACACAAAUCCCAAAAUAACAACCACCCAUCUAACGCGUAGCUAUCUCCGACUUGCAGUCUUCACUCCACAU